AGUGCUUCUAUGGCGGACGCGGUGUUGUCAUGUCAAUUCCUUCAUUGAUUUCUCUCGUGAUAAAACAAUAUUCUGAUGAUCAUUGUUAGGAUUGUUUUUUUGCCAAGUGAUUGAUUCUACAUGUUUAUAGACUGACUUUCUUGUGACUGGUUACUAUUUGUUGGACACAAUAGAGCACCGUGCUAGAUAUGGCUACUCCUCAAGGAAAAACCAGAGGAGGCAGCUUGAAUAAUCUGCCUAACGGCUGGAGGAGGGAAGAAAUUAAAAGGAAAAAUGGUACCAGCAAGGGGAAAAUUGAUGUAUAUAUCAUAUCACCUUCUGGAAAAUCAUUUAGAUCGAAAAAAGAGCUGGCUCAAUAUUGUGCGGAGAACAAUUUAUCUUUAGAUAUUGAGGGGUUCUUUUUAAAAAAGAAAUGCCCUCAGAAUUCUGCAGGGAGACCUCCAAAGAACAAAGCAUGUACUUGGUGUGCAGAGAGUAGACAAGCAUUGAAGUACAUCUUACCUACACAGCAUGGGAAAAAGGAAUUUUGCUCUGAAACUUGUCUUUCCGAGUUUCGCAAAGCAUACAAUAAGGGAGCCUGUAGUCAAUGUGACAAUGUUAUACGAGGCACUCCAGUGAGGUUCGAACAGCCAGAUGCUCCACCAAAGGACUUCUGCAGCACUACCUGCCUCCACAAACACCAGCGGGAAGCUUUGGGAGAGUUAAAUGGAGGUUCAUCUUCCCCCACCACCAGCCCCAUAUUGCAGCCAACACCAGUCCCAACCACCUUCAUAUUCAACUGGGAGUCUUAUCUUAAGGAGACCAACAGUUCAGCUGCCCCUACAGAAUACUUUAAACAGCACAUGCAUCCCCCUGUGAAUGAGUUCAAGAUCGGUAUGAAGGUGGAAGCUCUGGACCCAAGGAACUUAACUUCCACCUGCAUCGCCACUGUGGUAGGAGUGUUGGGUCCUAGAUUGCGGCUCCGUCUCGAUGGAAGUGACAAUAAAAAUGAUUUUUGGCGACUCGUCGACUCUAAUGAAAUUCACCCCAUUGGAACCUGCGAGAAAAAAGGAGGAAUGUUGCAGCCUCCUUUAGGAUUCCGCAUGAAUGCAUCAUCGUGGCCCAUGUUUCUGCUGAAGACACUGAAUGGAGCAGAGAUGGCGCCUUCGAAGAUCUUCAAGGAGGAACCGCCGACUCCUAAAUCUAACAUGUUCCAAGUGGGAAUGAAGCUUGAGGCUGUCGAUAAGAAAAACCCACAACUCAUAUGUGCAGCUACUGUCGGUGCUGAAAAAGGGGAUAUGAUUCAUGUGACAUUUGAUGGCUGGAGGGGAGCUUUUGACUAUUGGUGUCGUUAUGACUCGCGAGACAUCUUCCCUGUGGGUUGGUGUGCCAAGAGUGGACACCCCUUACAACCUCCGGGACAGAAGAUUGCUACAGGAGCCAGUAGGUUCAAGACCAGAGUGUGCAGUAUACCUCCUACUACAGGGGCUCUUGAUGGUUCACCUCCACCUCAGCCGUUUCCUAGUGAGACAGUGUCCUCCACGACCAACAAGAACCCUGCUACUGCGACACUGCAUGUAAACCGCCAGUGUUCGUGUGGACCAUACCUAGACCCUAGCAAGGUCACUCAGCUGCCAACACAGUUUGGUCCUGACCUCGUCUCCCAUGUGGUGCGGGAGAGUGUUCAGAGUUUGGUGAAUUGUGCCUUUGACCAAAAACAGAUCUUCGGCAUGCUGCGCCAAGGAGACAGUCAAGUGGAGAUAACAGCUUCAUUUGAAGGCAAGACAGUGACAGUGAGGCUCCCAGUGAUAAACAAGCAGGAUGAACUUACUAGCUUCCUAGAGAUCCUGUUUGAGGAACUCCUGUGUUGUGAGCAGCUCUACUCUUGUCAAUCCAGGAGCUCACCUUGUGUCAAGUGUGCCAACAACAAUGUUGUCAAGAGAGCUCACCUUGUGUCAAGUGUGCCAACAACAACGUUGUCAAGAGAGAUCUUAGUUGAGGAACUCAUGUGUUGUGAGCAGCUCUACUCUUGUCAAUCCAACAGCUCACCUUGUGUCAAGUGUGCCAACAACAACGUUGUCAAGAGAGAGUCCGUUGAGGGUGUGAGAGAGAAUGGUGCGACCAAACGUCGAUGCUCAGCUGAGAGCUCAUCAGACAGUCUGGGAGUUGCAGGAGUUCCUAUGCCCAGUGCCUCAAAGCUACCCCGCAAGCCUGUUGAACAAGAAGUGGCCACCUCUACCACACAAUCUGAAGGUCCUCCCAAGCUACCAGCAGACCCCAGUGAGUGGACCGUAGAGGAUGUCAUCUCACACAUCUCCCACACAGACCCUGCGUUGUCUGUACAUGCUGACCUCUUCAGGAGACAUGAGAUUGACGGCAAAGCCCUGCUGCUCCUCAACUCUGACAUGAUGAUGAAGUACAUGAACCUCAAGCUGGGGCCGGCCCUCAAGAUCUGCAACUUGGUCAGCAAGAUCAAACACAGCGGCCGCCGCCACUACCUCCUGUGAUACGUAUAAUUGGUGCCACACUCUCAGGGCUGACUUGUACCUGACUCAGUGGUCCCUGACCAUUGGCUGUUGACUACUUUAGUCAACAGUGUGCUGCCGGUGUAUAUAGCUGUCUACAAAGUAUAUUAUUUGCCUUUCACUCUCGCUGACUCAGCCCCACAUGUAUUCACAUGUAUUCAUAUUUAUUUGUUAUAGUAUAGUUUGUUUUUCUUUCUUUGAGUUUAUUGAUACAAUAUUAUUUUUGUUGUGAGUUGGUGGGUAUGAGGACUCUGUUACUUUUGAAGUGUUGAAAUAUUGUUUUCCUAAUCAAGGUUUGGUAUUUAACUGAAUUGACAUCCAUUUGAUGGGUGGAAUGGUCAUUUUUUUUUAAGUAAUCAUGCCCACUUUCUUAAUGUUUGAUGAUCUUAGGGAUUAAUAUUUCUUUAUAGUACAGUAAGAUAGUAUACAUAUGUUUUUUAUUCCUAGUUAUUAUGAUGUUUUCUAAAAUAUUCAUCCCUAGUUGGUAAUACUUUUUUUCAUUAAAGUCUUAGGACAAAAACACCUUGUAAAAAAAUACAUUAUAUGUACAUUAUAAAUUGAAGGUAAACAGUUUAAAUUAAUGUUCAUCAAGAGUAUAUUUUCGGGUUUUUCGGCACCUUAUAUUUUAGGAUUUAAGUAUUUUCUAUGCAUUAGUUAGUUAUUUAUUAAUCAUUUUAACUUCAGGAUUGCUUAUAUAUAAUUAAUUGAUAAUGUAAGGUCUUACCUUACAAUCCUAUUAUUGUAUUGUACUAAACAAUAUUAAUUUUGGUCCGAACUUUAGUCGGAGUCUAAGUAGACCAAAUAUUUAUAGUAGAAUCCACCAGCUUUAAAAACAUGAAUGGGUUUUGUAGAUUAAAUAGUAUAUUCACAUUUAACACAUUACAAAUUACUGUCGUCACGAAUAUGAUACAAAGAUUAUGGGCAAAAACCAUGAUAAUACUCAUCGGGUGCGUUCUUUGGUCUACUUAGACUCCGACUGAAGAUGGACCUUUGGGUCCAAAACUAAUAUCGGAUAGUACAAUACAAUAAUAGGAUUACUAAGGUAAGACCACAUUACCAAUUAGUUAUUUAUUCAUAAACAUUUAAUUUUUUUUUUAACUAUGUAAUAUGAAAAUUUUAUGUUUAAAUGGAGAUGAUUAGCGAGGAUUUUCACCAUGAAAUGUUUCUAAUCUAUUAAAAGUUGUUCUGUCUUAUCAAUGAUAUUUUGGCUGGCUAAGCCAAUUUUUUGUCAGUUUGUUCUUUAUAGUUAGUUAGUUUUGUUAUAGUAUUUGACCAUUUACUAUGUUUUUUGUAAUCCAUCAGCUGUAACUAUUCAAAAUUAGUUGGCUAAUAUGAAAACCAAGUACCACAAAAUCAAUGGUGUUUAGUAAAUUGGGUUAUUAUUACUUGCAUCGCUGGUUUAACUCCUUUGUUCCUAAAUGUAGUAAAUUAUGUCAUUGGAAAUGUACCGGAUUGGUAUGGCAAGUCUGUGAUUGAUUUAGAUUAGGUUUUUUAAAGACUGAAAUUUCUUACAAAUUCACUUAAAAAUACAGCUUUGACAUAUUCAUUAAUUGUUACAGUUUAAUAUUUGUGUUUAGUAUUUAGGUUUAACAAUGGCAAAAUGAAUGUGUUUUAUUUAAUUGUUAAAAUUACCUCUUCUAUAUUCAAGCAGAUAUUCUGUAAAUUGAAAGGGCAAACAAUUUCUGACCUAGAAAGUAUUUUUGUUGUAAGAAUCUAACGAUGUAAUAUCUUAUUUGUAAUUUGUAGUCUAGGUCAUGUUUCUUAUAUUACCUAAAUUAUCCUAAUACACAUUUUAGUUUUGUUUAGUUUGGGUGUAAUUGUUGUAUUUAGUUUACAAACUGAAUAAAUUCUCAAGAUGCAUACAAACGUAAAGGUGAAAUUGUCUACUCAAAAUCGUGAAAAGAUAGAUUUAAAGAGAUAUUUAAAGUAAGAUAAAUCUCGAAAUAUUUUUAAGUGUUAUUAAGUUUGUAUCAAUUUUGUUACUUGACUGGCUGGGUAGCUGAGUGGUGACAGUGCUCGCCUAGCAAUCAAAAGUUUGAUGGUUCAAUCCUCAGAAGUCGGUAGCUCUUUGAUUUUUGGAGAGUGGAAACUGGAACAACUGUCACUGAUCAUUAAGCUUUAAAUAAAUGGCCAUGACUGAUGAAAUAGCUGAUCUUAGUCAGUAACAAAGCCACACAGAUCAUAUUACACCAUUCUACACUCAUCCUUCUUUCAAAUUUAAAAUAUGCACAUAUUAUCUCCAUAUCAAUGAUUGAUAGUUUAGUUGAUAAUUUUAAUCUUUAUUCUAAAAAUUGCUACAACUUGUAACAUGAGAAUGGAAGCUUUAGGUCUAUCAAUAGUGAAAGAUAUUAUCUAUCAAAUGAUAAUCUAAAAUACAAUCCAGAUUUGUGUCAAACUGAUAAUACAAUGUUUAAGAAUGUUACACAUAUUUAUAAUAGUAUUUAUCUUAACAUGUGGGUAUUUGUAAUUCAAUGAAUAAACAUAAUCCAUGCACAAUAUCGCACUAGUGAUAAAAUUAUGUAAAAUGUACACCAGUUUUGUCACCAAUAGUAGACUUAGUAUUAUUGGCAGGCCAUAAAAACAUGCUAGCUCAUUGCAAUGUGAUAUAAAGUUGUUUUCAUUGUUUGAUUUGUUUCAAAACAUUGUUUUGUUGUUUGAUGUGCCAAGUGCUGUUCGACACCUAUUAUUAUUUCAUCACAAGUUGUUUAAGGUCCACAGACUUUAGUAUCAAGGAUUUGUGUCUUAUAGCCGAGCAAUAUUUUUACGCAUUUUGUGACAGAAAGUACCGAACCAAUCGUACUAUUUUUGUAUAUGAAAAUGUAUUAUGGUUUAUCAAUCGUAUGAGUAGUAAGACAUACCAAAUGUUGUAAAAUUGUGUUACAUAGUAAAUAUGUACAGGAAAUGAAAUAUACAUAGUUAUUCUGCAAUA